GAGAGCGCGCCCUGACAAAGUUCGUCUCUUUCGCUUUUCCUAAAAACCCUCAGAAACCCUCUUGUUCCCUUCGUUGCUCUUUUUCACAGCCAGACAUGGAAACCUGUUGAGGAAAAAGAAACCCAGAGGAAGAGGGAGAAGAAAGAUGCUUUAUUUUCCCCACUGUGCUCACAGUCAUCUGCGAAAGCUCUCCUUCUUGUCCCCGAACAUUGCACGUCUCAUGGGUUCCAAGCACUUGCUUAAAACUGCUCCUUUCAAUGUCGUGGCUUCGUACCCUUCAUCACACAUCCGGAAACUCCACACCCAUAAACGCUAUAUACCUGUUUUGUGUUCACAUCCCAAUGGCAAGUCCCAAAAUCACCGUUCUCUUCUCAAGAGCAAUGGGUCCCCUUAUUCCUCUCAUGCCGCUGUCCCCAGACCAGUGUAUGUAAACGACCCGGAAGUAAAAAGAGCGAAUUUGGAUGCUUUGAAGCGGAAAUUGGAAGAGAUUGGCAUAAAAGACCUUGCAUUGGCUACUGGGGAGAACUAUCGCCUACUCUGCCCAAUGUGCAAAGGUGGUGAUUCAGAGGAGAAAAGCUUUUCUCUUUCCAUUGACAAGGAUGGGGGAUAUGCCUUGUGGUCGUGUUUUCGAGCAAAGUGCGGGUUUAGGGGUGGCACCAGGGCCUUUGCAGAUAGCAAGUCAUCAUAUAGCACCUCUAACCAACUUACCCAAGUAAAGCCCAUUAGGGAAGUCACGGUACAGAGUUUGCAACUAGAACCGCUUUCAAAUGAGCUAGUUGGUUAUUUUGCCGAGCGACUAAUAUCACAGGAGACGUUGCGGAGAAAUUCUGUUAUGCAGAAAAGAUCACUUGGGAAUGAGAUAGCUAUAGCAUUUACUUAUUGGAGAAAUGGAGUGCUUGUAAAUUGCAAGUAUAGGGACAUCAACAAGAGAUUUUGGCAGGAAAAGGAUACUGAAAAGAUAUUAUAUGGGCUGGAUGAUAUAAAGGGUGCUAGUGACGUCAUCAUUGUUGAAGGUGAAAUAGAUAAACUUUCCAUGGAAGAAGCUGGAUUCAGGAAUUGCGUGAGUGUGCCUGAUGGUGCACCACCCUCAGUUUCCCCAAAAGAUUUGCCACCAGAAAAGAAGGAUACAAAAUAUCAGUAUCUUUGGAAUUGCAAAGAGUACUUGGAGAAGGCAUCUCGAAUAAUACUUGCCACUGAUGGGGAUCCUCCUGGUCAAGCCUUAGCUGAAGAGCUUGCACGUCGCCUUGGACGAGAGAGAUGCUGGCGAGUCAAAUGGCCAAAGAAAAACGAGGUUGAUCAUUUCAAAGAUGCAAACGAGGUUCUAAUGUUUUUGGGCCCUCAUGUACUGAAGGAAGUAAUUGAGGAUGCUGAGUUAUACCCUAUACGUGGAUUGUUCAAAUUUAAGGAUUACUUUGAUGAAAUUGAUGCAUACUACAAUCGGACUCUUGGAUAUGAGUUUGGCUUAUCGACCGGAUGGAGGGCUCUAAAUGCAUUGUACAAUGUUGUACCCGGGGAGUUGACUGUAGUGACUGGGGUUCCCAAUUCAGGCAAGAGUGAGUGGAUUGACGCUCUUUUGUGUAAUAUGAAUCAAAGUGCUGGUUGGAGAUUUGCACUUUGCUCCAUGGAGAAUAAGGUUCGGGAGCAUGCAAGGAAACUUAUGGAGAAGCACAUAAAGAAACCAUUCUUCGAGGGACGUUAUGGAGAAUCUGCUGAACGAAUGAGUGCUGAGGAGUUUGAGCAGGGGAAACAUUGGUUAAAUGAUACAUUUUAUCUCAUAAGAUGUGAGGACGAUUCACUUCCCAGUAUAAAAUGGGUUCUCAGUCUUGCAAAAGCAGCAGUGCUUAGGCAUGGGGUUCGUGGACUUGUAAUUGAUCCUUAUAAUGAGCUCGAUCAUCAACGACCUGGAAGUCAGACUGAAACCGAGUAUGUUAGUCAAAUGCUUACAAUGAUCAAACGAUUCGCUCAGCAUCACUCUUGCCACGUUUGGUUUGUAGCGCAUCCUCGACAGCUACACAAUUGGGUUGGAGGUCCUCCUAAUUUGUACGAUAUAAGUGGCAGUGCUCACUUCAUAAACAAAUGUGACAAUGGGAUCGUAAUUCAUCGAAACAGAGAUCCACAAGCUGGGCCUGUGGAUCAAGUACAGGUUUGUGUGCGGAAGGUACGGAAUAAAGUUGCAGGAACUAUAGGCGAAGCCUUCUUGUCGUACAAUAGGGCAACUGGUGAAUACAUGGAUAUUAGUGAGGAACCAACCAGAAGAAAAUAGGUAAUUUGGGUAUUUAUUUCAACAAGGACUUGCAACUUGUAUAAAUUUGGAACAGGUGAAAGAUCUUUUUGUGAAAGUCUCCAAGUCAUUUUAUUUAUAAACAUGCUUGGUUUGGUAA